AUGCCAGCGCAUCCCGAAACCGUCGAGGAGUGGUGUCACCUGGUUCCUCAUUUGCUUUCCCCAGCAGGCUGGAACAGCAUCGCCGAAGCGCAGUCGGCCAGCGUCUCCCAUUGCACCUGUCCUUGGGGUGGAAGUUUGGUGAAGCUUGCGGUGCCGGACGUUGAGGUGGAAAACGCCCCGGCAGACCAGUCGUGCGUCUUCGUCCGCCCGGAGUCCCGAGCAUGGGGGGCGAGUACCUUCGCCAAAACGAGCCCCGAGUACUUCGCCGUGCGGGAGCAGCUUGCGCUUGCACCAGGAGAUGCCAUCGUCUGCCGUUGGGCAUCCUUGAAAGUGCUGCGCCUCUUUGCAGUGCUCUUCGGUGAGAUGGGGACAGAGUUUCUGCAGGCCCAUUUUUACAACCCGGCUGAAGCUGCAGAGCUUCGCAUGUGCACUCAGCGCAACUAUCCGCAAGCUGGCGACUGUUCUUCGACCCUCACCAGCCUGUCGGAGCCCUUCGAAGCCAUCAACUUCUGCCGCCCUGCCGGGGUGCCGGGGAUGUUCAACUUGUACCACAUCUUCCGGGUGCCUAAGGUGAUCAAGCUUACGAACUGGGCUACUGCCCAACUGCAUCGGACCAUCGAAUCAGGCAGGAAAGUUGCGCAGUAUUACCUCAACCGGCCGGGGAUAUGCGAGAUACGUGCCUUCGAUCAGCAAUACUACGUUGUUCUCACCAUCCAAAGCUUCAAGCGCGGAAAUCCAAUGAUUCCAGUGUACACAGAUGAAGAUGGCAAAGAUGACAGUGAAGAUGUCACGAGAAUCGAUGCCGGCAAGAGCAUGGGAUUGACAACGUGGGCCCGAUACGAUCCUGCGGAAGUUGGCAGUGAUCGCUUCCUGCUGUCCGGCUACAUGAAAGCCUUCGCGAAUCGCCUCGGCGAAAGCUUGAACUUCUACCAAUCCCUGGAUGGACAAGAGCUGCUCUACUUCCAGUGUGUGGUGUCUCGGGAAGAAUGGUCCCGUGUCCAGGAACGCUUGAAGGAUGCAUACUUGCUCCAAAAGACUGCGUACCGACGUGCCAACGGUGGAGCACAGGCACCGGGACUGAACGAAGGGAGCAAGCCACGCUUCUGCAAGGAUGUCAGCCUCGACUCUCUGGAAGAGCCUCGACUGCUAAGCCUUUUUGUUGUCGACUGCAAUUCGAGCAGCCUCUAG